AUGGUUAUUACUGGUGAUGAUGUUGAUACUAUUCUUUCUUUGAAACAACGGUUACAUACCGAGUUUCAAAUGAAAGAUCUAGGCCCUCUUCGCUAUUUUCUAGGUCUUGAGCUUCUGCCUGAUCCCACUCGCUAUUGUGCACUUGUUGGUGCUCUUGUCUACUUGACUAUUACUCGGUCCGAUAUUGCAUAUGUUGUUCAUGUUCUUAGUCAGUUUGUGAGUGCUCCUCGCUCUACUCAUUAUGCUGCUCUCUUACGAGUUCUUCGUUAUCUUCAUGGCAUUAUAUCCCUCUCCUUACUUUUCUCUGCCACAUCUUCUUUUGAGUUGCGUGCCUAUUGUGAUGCUGAUUGGGUAGAUUCUCUUAUCUCUUGGAAAAGCAAAAAACAAUCUACUAUUGCUCUUUCUACUGCUGAGGCUGAGUACGAUGCUAUGUCCUCUACUGCUGAAGAAGUUCUCUGGUUGCGUCAGAUUUUGAUGGACUUUGGUGUCUCUAUCCUUAUUCUUCUUCCUUAUGUCCCAUCCACACAGCAGAUUGCUGAUCUUUUCACUAAAGCUCAUACCAUAUCUCGGUUUCAGCUUCUUUUUAACAAACUCUCGGUUCAUGACCCACCGUGA